GCUCCCGGCCCAGGCCCCGCCAGAGCCCGGCGCCCUGGGAAGCGCGGCGGCCAUCGCGGCGGGGCGCGGCGGGGCGGAGGGUCGCGGCCCAGCGUGCGCCGGGCACCGUGACGGCGUCACUGGUCGGGGUUCCGCCUCUCCGAAUGGCCUGUCUCCUGCGCCUCCUGCGGGUCUUUUCUGUCGGGCAGCUUCUUCCCGGGAGCCGCUUCCCCUUCGUUUUCUCCUGGUUCAUUCUGGCUGGAGGGUGCUCUGGGCCCCGUUACCAUAAGGACCUCUGGGGUGCGGGCUGAGCCAGGGAGGGCAGGGGCUCUCCGUCGAUCUGCUCUGCCCCAUCCCCUGGAACAGCACCUGGCAUUUAGUAGGCACUCAGUGAAUGCUUGUGGGUGCACCAGCAUGCCCUGCGGGGCCCAGAGCCGGUUGUUGGCUGGCGCUGGCCUGCCUGGACACGCCAUGGCACUCUCCACCACGGCAGGGCCUGUUCUGUGGGGGGACUGGCAACCUCAGCCCUCGGGCGCCUCCAGUUUAGGCUUUCUGCCUACCCAACAACUUCUAAUUUGGGUGCGUGGUUGGGAGGAGCUCUCAGCUGUCAGCCCUGCCUUUGGGGGCUGGCUCCUGACUUCUUGCACAGGCAUUAAGUGCAGCUGGGGGCCAGUCAGGGCCCCCUCGCACCCCCUAGAUUGGAGGUGCCACAGGUAAGCAGCGGGGCUGCCAUCCUGGCCGCCACCCCUGCUGCCUGGAUACUGGGGCACAGGGAGCUGGGUGGGCCCGCCCCAUGGGCCUGGCCGUGGCUGAACGCGGCCCUCCUUGGCAGGUGGGGCAGGAGUCCCUGCAUUGCUGGCUGUGGCCCUUGCGGAGCCAUGACGGAGUACAAGCUCGUGGUGGUGGGCGCCGGCGGCGUGGGGAAGAGCGCCCUGACCAUCCAGCUGAUCCAGAACCACUUUGUGGAUGAGUAUGACCCCACCAUAGAGGACUCGUACCGGAAGCAGGUGGUCAUCGACGGGGAGACAUGUCUGCUGGACAUCCUGGACACAGCGGGCCAGGAGGAGUACAGCGCCAUGCGGGACCAGUACAUGCGCACUGGAGAGGGCUUUCUCUGCGUGUUUGCGAUCAACAACACCAAGUCUUUUGAGGACAUCCAUCAGUACAGGGAGCAGAUCAAGCGGGUCAAGGAUUCGGACGACGUGCCCAUGGUGCUGGUGGGGAAUAAGUGUGACCUGGCUGCACGCACCGUGGAGUCUCGGCAGGCUCAGGACCUGGCCCGCAGCUACAGCAUCCCCUACAUUGAGACGUCGGCCAAGACCCGGCAGGGGGUGGAGGACGCCUUCUACACGCUGGUGCGCGAGAUACGGCAGCACAAGCUGCGGAAGCUGAAUCCUCCUGACGAGAGUGGCCCCGGCUGUAUGAGCUGCAAGUGUGUCCUGUCCUGACGGCAGGCUCAGGACAUGGAGGCGCCGGAUGCAGAGAGGAAGCGCAGAUGGAAGGAAGGAAAAGGAAAGGAAGGAAGGAAGGAAGUGUUGCUGGAGCCCGGCCAACCAGGGAUGGUGGACAGAGGGGUGAUGCAGACCCUCCCAGGGACGCUUUGCAGAGACUGCUGUGAACAGCCCAGAUGCCAACGGAUCCCAGCCCUCUGUCCCCUCCCAGCCCUCUGCAGGCCUGUUGGGCCCAGGUUGAAUCCAGUAAAUUAUUGGAU